AUGGCAGUCUUCAAGAGAUUAGAGGAACACGUGCACGAGUGGGAGGAGGCAUCUGAGCGAAGCAGCAUCCUCGAACUGGAGCGGCUUGAUCUGUCUACGUCAUGGGAGAAGCUCGCAGGAGACGAGGGGAAGAUGUGGAACGAGAUCUACACACAUAACGACAUGCUCCAGCAGGCUCGCAUGCAGCUCGUGAUGUCAGACAUGGACGACAUCGUCUGCAUGGCAAGUCGAGAGUCUCAGGAGGAGGAGGAGGAGGAGGAGGAGGGAGGAGAACGACCCUUGUUCCUCGUCAGCUCCCUCCCCACCAUUGCUGACAGGAUGCGAGCAGUUGUGGAGCAGCACGAGGAGGACCUGAAGCUCAAGUGCGCCAUGGCGGUCGACAUGCCCUCAAGGAGAGAGCGAGUUGUCCUCACGGCAUACCUUUCUGCUUGGACGCUACAGGUUAUGAUCGACUCAUCGGAGGUCAAAGAACUCUCGUCCAUGCUAGAGGCCGAGAGCGUCUUGGCAGGGGUAAAGGGACCUUGA